AUGUCCUCGAAAAAGUCUACUGGCUGCCCUACUCGAAAAAUCAUCACCAACCACUUUAUCCAGGAUCAAAAAGUCCAAAAUUCAUCCAACCGUUAUUUUUACAAAUGCAACUACUGUUUGACGUCUAUAGAAGGUCGCGACGACAAACAUCUCAAGCAUAUUCUUGACCGGAAUAUUUGCCCUAUGGCUCCAGAUCAUGCUCGCACAGAAGUCCGCAACUAUCUCACUAUAAAAAACGGAAAUCAAGCACUACUACUCCCACCUAUCAUGGAUACAGAUUCUUCUUCAUUCCCAUCAACUUCAGGAGACACAGCUAAAGCUCCACAAAAAUGGAAGAACCUCUUCGGAUUUGUGGAUCUUCCAGUCACUCCAGAGCAAGCAACACAUGCAAAUUUCAAAUUGUUUCGAUUCAUUGUUCACGCUAAUAUACCUUUCUUGGUUGUGGAGAACUGGUUUUUCCGUAACUUCCUUGAUGAAAUUUGGCCCUUGUAUCAAGCACCAUCACAUUAUGUGCUGUCACAUUCAAUUAUGGAUAGCAAAGUUGCGCGCGUCCAAAUCGAGGACAUUGCACAUCUCAAGGAACGUAAAAAGCUUACAUAUUUGCUUGAUGGGUGGGAGGAUAAAAUAAGACGAAGCUUGUAUGGGUCGUUGGCUGCUGAAGUCAAUCAGCCUCCAGUCGUGUUGAACCUUGAGGAUAUGACGGGCACCGAGGUUCUGCAGACAAACUCCUUGAUGUCUCAGUGA